AUAUGCUAUAAAUUGUUAAUCACUGAUUGUCACUCCUUCAAACAACUAAAGAGUAAAUAUGGCAAUGCUAGGACUAGUAGUACUUGGAGUGACCUUGAUCAUCACAAACAUGGUCACUAUGGCUUCAUCGGCGUCACUAGUCACCUACAUCUUCGGCGACUCCUUGACAGAAGUAGGCAACAACAAUUUCCUCCAAUACUCUCUUGCGAAAUCCAACUUUCCCUAUUAUGGAAUUGACUAUCCCGGUGGCCGGCCUACAGGAAGGUUCACUAAUGGAAGGACUAUCGGUGAUAUCAUAUCCGCAAGGCUUGGGAUUCCAUCACCACCAGCUUAUCUUUCCUUGUCCCCAAAUGACGAUGCAUUGCUUAAAGGGGUUAAUUAUGCAUCCGGUGGAGCAGGGAUUCUCAAUGACACUGGGCUUUAUUUUAUUCAGAGGUUAUCCUUCGAUGAUCAAAUAAAAAAUUUUGAAAAGACAAAGCAAGCAAUCAAGGCAAAAAUUGGAGAAGAGAAGGCAGAAAAGCUCUGUAAUGAAGCCAUGUACUUCAUUGGAAUUGGUAGCAAUGACUAUGUCAACAAUUUUUUGCAACCCUUUCUACCAGACGGUCAGCAAUAUACCCAUGACGAGUUUGUGGGACUCUUAAUUCUAACCUUGGAGCAACAAUUUGCGAGACUCCACCAACUGGGUGCAAGAAAGAUGGUGUUCCAUGGGCUCGGCCCCUUAGGCUGCAUUCCUUCACAAAGGGUGAAAUCAAGGAGAGGGCAGUGCUUAAAGCAAGUAAAUGAAUGGAUUCUACAAUUCAACUCCAAAGUACAAAACCUAACAGCCUCACUAAAUAAGCACCUUCCUUCUGCACAAAUUACAUUUGCAGAUACUUACCAAUCAGUACUGGAUUUGAUUACCAACCCCAACUCCUAUGGAUUUAAGGUGUCCAACACCUCUUGUUGCCAUGUAGACACAAGUAUUGGAGGGCUAUGCUUGCCUAACUCAAAGGUAUGCAGCAAUCGGACGGAGUAUGUGUUUUGGGAUGCAUUCCAUCCAUCCGAUGCUGCCAAUGCAAUUCUUGCAGAGAAGUUCUUCUCCAGCCUAUUUUCCAAUGCCACUUCACCUUCAGGGGUGCCCUCUCAUUGACCAGUUUCAUCAUAAAAAAGGCAUAGUUAUUAUUAAGUAUUAACUCUAUCCUAAAUGCAAGGGUUCCUACAAGAAUAAUACCAUUUGUAUUAACUCUAUACUAGGCAUAGUUUGUCUCACUUGUAACAACCAGAUUAUUUCGAACUUAUAUCAAUAGAUAAUUUUGAAAGAGUGAUUAUACAAG